GACUCAAACACCUAGAGUAGAGAAUUUCUAGAUUUGAAUAUUGCUAUGGAGCUAGACAUGGUUCUCGUGAUCCAGCUUCUAGCGACUGGACUUGUGGGCGUGAUUGUGUAUGCUUUGCUGUGGAAGUUUUGGAUCGCUCCAAGUAGAAAAGAGGCUGCUCUGAGGAAGCAGGGGAUCAAGGGUCCUUCUCUAGGCCCUCUUCAGCUCUUCAAGGGCGGAAACAAGGACGAGGUGCUCAAGCAGAGGUUCUCCAAGCGGAAAUUCACGCUCGAGUUUGAUGGAACUCAUGAUAUUCUUUCGCACGUUCUUCCAGACAUUCAUAGCUUCUCCAAGAAAUAUGGAAUGCCGUACAUGUACUGGUGGGGGAAUGAGCUACGGAUGACUGUCACUGAUCCUGAGGUGGUAAGAUGGGUUUUAUCGAAGAAUCCACAGUCAUUUGGAAAGUCUGCCUCGAUCCAAGCCACUCUUGUCAAAUUGCUUGGUUACGGUCUCGUUGCUUCAAAUGGUGAGCGCUGGGCUCAGCACAGAAGAGUGGUCGGCCCAGCUUUUCAGCUGGAAAAGCUCAAGAAUAUCAUGGCUGGAACCAUGGUCGAUUGCACCUCUAAAGUGCUGUCCAGAUGGGAUAACGAUGGAGAAUUUGAGAUUGAUGUUGAAAAGGAGUUCUCCUUCCUGGCUGCGGAUGUGAUCUCCCACACUGCAUUUGGAAGCAGCUUUGAGAAGGGCAGAAGGAUUUUUCAUCUUCUCAACUUGCAAGCUGAGCUUUUGACCAAGAUUGCAUUCUCACCAAUGCAAUGGAUGCCCUUUGGAAGGUUGCAUCCACUGAGGGAAAACCUCCAACUAUGGGAAGUCCAAAAGGAGCUCGAUGCAAUAUUGCUUGGUCUCGUCAAAGAUCGGCGGAAAUCAGCUUCGUAUGGGAGAGACUUGCUGGGUCUGAUGUUGGAGCAGAGCAAAGAUAACCCGGCUUUCAAAGAUGACAAACUCGUUGGAGAGUGCAAGACGUUCUACAUUGCCGGGCAGGAAACCACGGCCACUCUCUUAACUUGGGCAAUGUAUUUGCUUUCACAACACCGUGAAUGGCAAGACCGCGCCCGCAAAGAAGUUCUUGAGGUUUGUAAAGAGGAUGAGAUCAAUGCCGAGGAUCUAAACAAGCUAAAGCUGGUUGGAAUGAUCUUAAACGAAACAUUGCGACUCUAUCCUCCUUUACCAAUCAUCCAGCGAGGGACCUUCAAUGACACAACCAUGGGCGAUAAGAUCAGCAUUCCCAAAGGUAUUGUUCUCGUCAUUCCAAUCCUGGCCAUGCACCACGACAAGGAGCAAUGGGGUGGCGAUGCCCACGAAUUCAACCCAGAGCGAUUUGCGAGAGGAGCUUCCAAGGCGUGCAAGCAUCCCAACGCUUUCAUGCCCUUUUCUUUCGGGCCGCGGGUUUGUAUCGGGCAGACUUUUGCUCUCAUCGAGGCCAAAAUUGCACUCGCUAUGAUUCUUAGGAGGUUUUCUGCAAGCCUCUCACCAAAUUAUCAGCACUGCCCUGUGUCGGGCGUGACUCUCAAACCACUUCAUGGUAUGCAACUUACAUUCACAAGGCGAUAAAAUAUCAAUAAAGGGAUUAAAGGGUAUUUUAUAAAUUCA